UGGCGGUCUUUAGCAAACCAUUAACUUUGAGUUACUCUUGUUACGAAUUAGGACAUUGCUGGACACCGUAUUGCGUGAAAUCAUCCACGGAUAUUGCACAGUCGGUAUUUAAGGAAGCGUUCAAAAUAUAUGGGUCUUUGUACUUGAUAGCCGCUCUGCUUCGAAGGAAAGGCAAGGAAUACUACCUCAAGAAAUAUUUACUAGAGACAUUGCAGUCAACUGUUUUUCUCACUAUCAAUGGAUCACUUUUUAUUGGACUAUUUUGUGUUUGGAGAAAUGUAACUGGGUUUUACUUUUACUACAAUACAUUUUUGUGUGGGAUCCCAGCAUGUGCAUUUUCACUGCUCAUAGAAGCAAAGGAAAGGAAGUUGCUUGGAACUUUUUAUUACGUCAACUCUUCUUUUGUUCCUGCCUGUAACGCAGCCUAUAUCGCUAUCCUCUUUGAGAGGAAGAACAGGCGGAGCGCCCUGGCUGUUUACGUAUUAAAUUUGGCACUUGAGACAUCAUUUCGUAUGCUGACAUCAAGAGGAAUCAUUCGGCCAUUGCACAAUGGCGAGGUUGUUCUGUUCAGCAUCACGUCAGCAGCCUACUUAUACUUGUUCAGAAAGAAAGAUGAGCUGCCGAAGUCGAUUUCCUCGGCUCUCAAGUAUGUUGUUGGUAGCGCAGAAGCCCCUCCAGAACUUAAUGCCAAUGAUGUGAAGAAUACCAAGACAAAAUCAGCCAAGCUGAAGCCAGAAUUUCUCCGGUUGUUACUGGGACGUCUUCAGCAGACGCCAAAACACAGACUGUGUCAGCAUCACCAUGGCUGCCUUCAUUACGUACUGCAGGGUUUCUGUCGCCAGUUUGGAUUAGGCUAUGUCAUUCAGACUGUGGUCAAGUUCUUGUCCCAUCUGCCAAAGAUCCCAUUCCAACCGUCCAUUCUCCUGCAUAUCUUCUUCAACAAGGACAGUCUUAGUCUCGGGGCCUUUCUCGGGUGCUACUCAGCAAUAUUUAAAGCUGUGAAUUGUGUUCUGCGCUGGUUUCGUGACCGGGACGACAGUGUACAUGGUCUGGUGGCGGGCUUCCUCGCCGGCUGGUCCAUGAUGAUGUACAAGAGUAGUGUCAUCGCACUCUACGCAGCCACAAAGCUAGGCGAGCUUCUGUAUUUCAAGGGAAUAAAAGCUGGAGUGUUGCCCUACAUCAAGUGUGCUGAUAUUGUUAUUUACUCCAUCUCGACAGCAUUUGCCUUCCACGCAGCUGUUUUAGAACCACACAACCUCAGACCAGCUUACUGGAAGUUCCUUCUCAGGGUAACGGGCAACAGGUUUGCCCAAAUGAACCGACGUCUUGUUGACGUUUUCGGUACCAACGCAUCAAAACUCUACCCAGACUACUGGCCCAACUACGACAUGCGCUUUACAAGUCUGAAUCCGCUGGAUUUCAGCUGAUCGCAGACUAUGCACAAGAACUCUUUUGAUGUUAUAUUUUUUACUAGAUGUGCUCAAUAAUUGUGAGAACUUCCUGGAUCAUGUUGAUCUUCAGCAAAAAUGUGUCACAAAAAUAUGUUGUAUUACCUGACUAUGGUUCAUGUUUUAAAGAUAUUCCCCUGGACCCAUAUUUUCAAAGCUAAUUUACAGCACUACAUUUUGCAAAAAAACGUCACUAUGGCGUGUGCUGUAGUGAUGUCAUAGCCUAGGGUGGUUUUGCAAUAUCAUAGCACUAAGAUUGCUUAAAAAAUCUCUGGCCAGGGUAGCACAAAUACAUGUACAUGUAGGUGCAGGUAUCAACAAUUCAUGCAUUUUACACCAGCACUAUCUGUCAGCAUUUUAUUAUAAAAUGGUAUUUUGCAAUUGUCUAUGGCAAUCAGCAUUGCUGUGAAUAUUGCCGUGGAGUUUUUUAAUUCUCCACGGCCUUUUUUUGCCUUGAAUUGUAUUUGGGUUUUUUUUUCAAUGGCAUGGUUUUUUUUUGCCGUGGACAUUUUCUUAAUUGCAGGGGUUGUUUUGUUAGGUUACAUCAGAGUUUAGGUUGAACAAAAAGUUGACAGAUACUGACUUCAGUUUUUGAACAACACAGGAAAAUGAAAAAGUCAGACUCUUUUAAAAUGUAGAGAAGGGUAAACUAGCACUCCUCUAAAUAGUUAAAAGGGAAUCAUUCCCCUGGAAUAAGUGACAAAAUAAGAUGUGUGAAUGACUAUAUAAAUACUUGUAUUUAUUGUAAAUUAUUAAAAAUAUACAUUUGUUUAGGAUAGUUGCAUAUAAGGGGAAAACUAGUUUUCAUUAAUUCAGUUAAUUACUGAAUUAGCUAUUUAAUACAUUUACAUUUGUAUUUUGAAUUAUUUUUCAAGUUGACAUGUAAUUCAGAUUAGUAAUUUGCAGAACAACUGCUUAAAGGAACAGACCCUAGUUUUUAAACACUAAGGCAUAUUUUUCACCUAGACCCUAGUUUCAAUCU